GCAGGGAAAUUUACAGUGAGCAGUUCUUGACAAAUCCACGAAAACUUCUGACUGGUCAUCAAGGCAAAGCCCGAGUGCGGAUCGAUUACGAAAUGGCUGACGACGAGAAUCAGAUCGAAGCCGAAAUUCAGGCUGAGCAGAACGCUCGUCUGCAGAAACGCGAUGCGUCGACCCAACGGACCGAUACCAACAAGGCAUCCCUAACCGGUGGUCCUUCGUACGACUUAGACAUCUACAGCGGCGACGGUCGGUUUGAGGGCUAUGAUACAAGUAUUCAAGUCGGGGGACGAAAUGUCGAUCAUAUGGAUGAAGAUGAAGAAGAAAGGCCCACCAGAAUGCUAGAUUCGUACACUGCACCAAAGCAAUUUUUACAAGAGUUGGCCGAUGAUGCAGAGGACGCAGAAGAUCCGCUCCUUUCCGCCCUCAAGGCUAAAGAAAUCCAAUCCCGCCAAUCUGAUUACCACAAAAGACGAUUCGAUCGUGACCCUGGCGGGGCUGUCGGCUCAGAUCCAUUUGCAGCCCAGUCAGACAAAGCUCAAGAGGAAGGUAGUUACAAGGAGGCGAUGCGCAGGGCCGAAAUAGAACGAGAAGAGGCACGGGUAAUGAAAAAAAUUAAAGAAAAGCAGGAUGAGACAUCUGAUCAGAUGGAUGUUGACCAUCCGGAGAGGGCCAAAACGCCUACGAUGGAGGAACCGCCGACGCCUGUCUCUUCUACUGGCAGGAAAAAACGUCGUUGGGAUGUAGCUGAUCCCAAUGCUAGCACCACUUCAGGCGAUUCUACUGCAACUACUCCAUCAACUGGUGAGUGGUCCAACACCGAUGGAUCAGGCCCCUCGGUCAAGAAGUCCCGAUCAAGAUGGGACCAGACUCCAGCUCCCGGAACAGCAGAUGGUGCUACCCCCAGGAAAUCUCGUUGGGACCAAACACCCGUUAUAAACAAUGGGGCCGCCACACCGAUGGCCGCUGGACAAUUCGGGCAGACUCCGCUUCAUGUUAGUGGCGCUAACGGGCUUGCGAUCCUCGGCGGAGAGAUGUCAGAGCUUGACAAGCGAAAUAGACCACUUUCGGAUGAAGAGCUAGAUGCCCAACUUCCAUCAGAAGGAUACGAAAUCGUUACUCCACCGGCCGGCUAUGCCCCCAUUCGCACACCGGCCCGCAAACUGAUGCAAACCCCUGCCAACACCAGCAGUGGGUUCACCAUGCAAGAAGACUCGGCCGGUCUUGGGGGCUCAAUGAGCUUGGCACCGGAGCUGCCCACGGAGAUCGAAGGCGUUGGUCAGCUGCAAUUUUUCAAGCCCGAAGAUGCACAGUAUUUCGGGAAAAUCUUGUCUGGCGAACAAGAUGAAUCUACUCUAACUAUAGAAGAGUUGAAGGAGAGAAAGAUUAUGCGUCUAUUAUUGAAAAUCAAGAAUGGUGCUCCACCGAUGCGAAAGACGGCCUUGCGACAAAUCACUGAUAAAGCUAGAGAAUUCGGCGCAGGUCCAUUGUUUGACAAAAUCCUACCCCUUCUUAUGGAACGAACUUUGGAAGACCAGGAGCGACAUCUGCUAGUGAAAGUCAUUGAUCGUGUUUUGUAUAAGCUAGACGACUUGGUACGACCCUAUGUACACAAGAUUCUCGUGGUCAUCGAACCUCUGUUGAUCGAUGAAGAUUACUACGCUCGAGUGGAAGGUCGUGAAAUCAUUUCCAACCUGUCCAAGGCUGCUGGACUGGCUCACAUGAUUUCAACCAUGCGGCCUGAUAUUGACCACGUAGAUGAAUAUGUUCGAAAUACGACUGCAAGAGCUUUCUCGGUAGUGGCCUCUGCACUGGGUAUACCCUCCCUCUUACCCUUCCUGAAGGCAGUGUGUAAGUCCAAAAAAUCUUGGCAAGCUCGUCAUACGGGUAUCAAAAUCGUCCAACAGAUUGCUAUCAUGAUGGGAUGUGCGGUCCUCCCGCAUCUGAAAAACUUGGUCGAAUCUAUCAGUCAUGGAUUGGAGGACGAGCAGCAGAAGGUCAGGACGAUGACUGCGCUAGGGAUUGCGGCACUCGCCGAAGCUGCUUCUCCCUAUGGAAUUGAAAGUUUCGAUAGCGUUUUGAAGCCGCUGUGGACCGGUAUCCGGAAACAUCGUGGGAAAGGGCUGGCAGCGUUUUUGAAGGCAAUUGGGUUCAUCAUUCCUUUAAUGGAUGCUGAAUACGCGAAUUAUUACACUAAGGAAGUGAUGGUGAUUUUGAUCCGAGAAUUCCAAUCUCCCGACGAAGAAAUGAAGAAGAUUGUGCUCAAAGUCGUCAAACAGUGCUCAGCGACAGACGGUGUCCAACCUCAGUAUGUCAAAGUAGAAAUCUUGCCCCAAUUUUUCGCCAACUUUUGGGUCCGAAGAAUGGCGUUGGAUCGACGCAACUAUCGGCAGGUAGUCGAGACUACUGUAGAACUGGCUAACAAGGCUGGGGUAACAGAAAUCGUCAGCCGUAUUGUCAAUGAUUUGAAGGAUGAGUCAGAGCCGUACCGAAAGAUGGUGAUGGAAACCAUUGAAAAAGUCAUAUCGGCCCUUGGAGCGAAUGAUAUCGAUGAACGUCUCGAGGUCCAAUUGAUUGACGGAAUUAUCUAUGCCUUUCAAGAACAAACAGUAGAGGAUAUUGUAAUGCUUGAAGGUUUUGGAACCGUCGUCCAUGCCUUGGGAAUUCGGGUCAAGCCUUAUCUUACUCAAAUUGUUUCCACUAUCUUGUGGAGGUUAAACAACAAAUCGGCCAAAGUCCGUCAACAAGCCGCUGAUUUGACCAGUAAACUGGCGGUCGUGAUCAAACAAUGCGGGGAAGAUCAGCUGUUAUCUAAACUUGGAGUAGUUCUAUUCGAACAACUUGGUGAAGAAUACCCAGAUACCUUAGGAAGUAUAAUCGCUGCCGAAGCUUCCAUUGCCAAUGUGGUGGGUAUGACACAAAUGAGCCCACCUGUGAAAGACCUUCUGCCUCGGAUGACACCUAUUCUUCGGAACAGGCACGAGAAAGUGCAAGAAGCAUCGAUCAACUUGAUUGGUCGAAUUGCCGAUCGUGGAGCUGAGUUUGUCUCUGCGCGUGAAUGGAUGCGAAUUUGUUUUGAGUUGCUUGACUUACUCAAGGCCCACAAGAAAGCCAUCCGACGAGCCGCCGUCAACUCGUUUGGCUACAUCGCGAAAGCUAUCGGUCCGCAGGAUGUGUUGAGUGUUCUCCUCACAAAUCUGAGGGUCCAAGAGAGACAGAGUCGUGUCUGUUCAACAGUUGCGAUAGCCAUCGUCGCGGAGACUUGUGGUCCCUUCACCUGCAUACCUGCUAUUUUGAACGAGUAUCGAACUCCAGAGUUGAACGUGCGAAAUGGUUGUUUGAAAUCCUUGUCGUUUUUGUUUGAGUACAUUGGCGAGAUGGGCAAAGAUUACAUCAAUUCGGUCGCUACCUGCUUAGAGGAUGCCCUGACAGAUCGGGAUCUAGUACAUCGUCAGACGGCUUGCUCGAUUGUGAAGCAUCUUGCGCUCGGUACGGCUGGGUUGGGGCAGGAAGAUGCCAAUCUUCACUUGAUGAAUCUUGUUUGGCCCAAUUGCUUUGAAACCUCUCCGCAUGUUAUUGGUGCCUGUAUGGAUGCCAUUGAAGCCAUGAGGGUGGCUGUUGGACCAGGAGUGGUAUUGCUUUACACGCUCCAAGGGCUCUUCCAUCCUGCUCGGAAAGUGCGGGAAGUGUACUGGCGAAUCUACAAUUCAAAUUAUCUGGGAGCUGCGGAUGCAAUGGUUCCAUUCUAUCCCAACUUGGCCGAUGCAUCCGAUGAUGUAAGGGACUACAGUCGUGACAUGCUCUUAGCCUGGAUCUAG